UCAUUGAACAUCCUUGGCAGUCGUUACAGGUGGUCAAUAGCCAGUAAGUCUUGGGGGUUGCUCGGGUAAUUGGUUAAUGGUGGUGGUAAGGUUGAGGAGGUCGGAUAGGCAUAGGUCGCUCCUUGCUCUUCUGGUACUCUGCGAAUGCGCAGCUCGCAAAGCAAGUCACGGCAAUGGUUUUUUGGUGCGCCUCGAUUAAACCCAAUUCACUCUUUUGCCACUGUUUCUAUCCAAACUGACAAUUUAACUCACGACCUCAUUCACACUACAGCAGUCGAAAUUUAGGUACUAUAUGAACUUACUUCAUAAUCGAUAAUGUGUGUCCUAUAUGUCAAAAACUUGGUUGUUGCUAUUCAUGUUCCCCUGAAUUUGAUGGUAUAUUUAAUAGUUAUUUAUUUUAUAGAAACACAGACGAGGUGUACACGUAGUUGGUUACUCGUAGGUACACAUCAAAGUAUACUCAGUUCAGUAUCUACAAUUCGCGUAUAUUUCAACUCGCGUUACGACUAUUGACCAAAAUGUGUGUUGAACGUUGAACCUACGUGUAACCGAUUACUCGCUCUUUGGAACCGCCUCAUACAAAUUUUAUUAGACGUUGGCUAAAGAGUCGAGUCUGUAAAUGCUCUGCUCAAAAUGACUAAGCAUACAUUCUAUGCUUUGUUAUCUACAAAUUGUAAGAAAAAAACUCCAACAAAAUAGAAAUGUGUCCCAGAUGUGAUUCUAAAAAGCGCGGGCGAUCCGGAUAUUCACGGGGAUACCAGCAUGCGCCCGCUAGACCUCCACCUAUGGUUGUGACACCGAUGCCCCAACGGCGAUCCAUGUUCAGAGACGCGGCUUCAAUCGCUGGAGGCGUCACCGUAGGCACGGCUGUGGGUCACGUUGUUGGAGAAGGCAUAACAAGUUUAUUCAGUGGCUCACGACGUGAAGAAGUAGUGCAUGCCUUGCCACGGGACUAUGACAUGAGAUCGGAACCGAGCGGCCCGUGCGCGUACGAAAUAUCAGCGUUUUUGAAUUGCGCUACCAACCACGAAGAUAUCCAACAGUGUCAAGCAUUCAACGAGGCGCUAAAGGAAUGCAAACGAAGAAACCGUUUACCGUAGGCCACUCAUCAGAAUUCAGCAAACCUGACCAGUCAACAACUAACCACAUCAACAAACGCACAUUACCCUUAAAUCAACCCCUUUUUUACAAAUAAACCUCUACAGUAA